UUGUUCUUAUUCAUGAAAUCGAGAUUAUUUAAUUAUGUUACGCAAACGCUUUUACUUACUUUUUUAUCGGACUGGUCGAGGCGGUUUGGUCGUAAAUCCAUCUUUUGAUCAAUUAUGGGAGCUGAAAAAAUUCCAACUGGAGAUGCCACAAAAGGUGCAAAAGUAUUUAAACAAAGAUGUGCUCAAUGUCAUGUAAUUGACCAAAGUGGAAAGCAUAAAACUGGACCUAAUCUUUAUGGAUUAAUAGGUCGAAAAACUGGACAAGCUCCAGGUUUUAGUUACACACAAGCGAAUCAAAAUAAAGGAAUUACCUGGAAUAAAGAUACACUGUGGGUCUACUUAGAAAAUCCUUCUAAGUAUAUACCCGGAACUAAAAUGGUGUUUGCAGGAAUUAAAAAAGGGCAAGAGAGAGCUGAUUUAAUUGCCUACUUGGAAGAAGAGUGUAAAAAAUAGAAUUAAUAAAUUGUAAAAUAAUGAUUAUGCAUUUAAUGUUUUUAAA